AUGCUUUCCACUCGUCUAGGUCUAGGUCUAAUAAGACCAUCUUCAAGAUCAUUAAUCUCCAAAUCUACAAUCACCAGAUCUUUACAAACAAUCACAACUACUCAUGAAAGGGAACAAGAAAUUUUAGUUGCCCAAAGAAAAAACAGACCUUCAUCACCACAUUUAACAAUUUAUCAACCACAAUUAACUUGGUAUUUAUCCUCAUUGCAUAGAGUCAGUGGUGUCUUGUUAGCUGGUGCUUUCUAUGGUGUCACUGUUACUUAUGCUCUUGGUUCAAUCUUGGGACUUGGUAUUGAUUCCACAGUUAUUGCAGAUUCUUUCCAUUCAUUAAGUUCUUCAACUCAAUAUGCUUUGAAAGGUAUUGCUGCAUUCCCAUUUUUUUUCCAUUUCGGUAAUGGGAUUAGACAUUUGAUAUGGGAUGCUGGGAAAGAAUUAACUUUGAAAGGUGUUUAUAGAACAGGUUAUGCCGUUUUAGGAUUCAGUGCUUUAGCUGGUGCAUUUUAUACUUUUUUUUGA